AUGUAUAAACGAUUUAAAGUCUUCACUUUUGAUGGUUUAGCGCUUCGAGGCUUAAAAUUGUUCGCCAUUGAGAUGUCGAGCGAAUUGAGUGUUGGGAACUCAUCGGAAGCGAUAAUCUCUUUGGUUAUAAAUAGUGAUAAUAUGUCUCGCAAUGCAUCCCUCGCUGUCAUGAGAAAUGAAAAAUUGGUUAUUCUUGAAAUCGCAAUCCUUUCCCUUAUAUUCAUUCUCAUAGUGUUUGGUAAUUCAUGUGUUUUAAUAGCCAUUCAUUUACAUAAAUUCAAAUCCAAUCGUAUGUAUUAUUUUCUGAAACACCUGUCCAUAAGUGAUACGAUAACCGCCGUAUUUAAUGUGUUGCCCCAACUGGCCUGGGAGAUCACACACCGAUUCUACGGCGGCAAUACUCUUUGUAAGACUAUUAAAUACUUGCAAAUAUUUGGUCCAUACCUGUCAUCGUAUGUGUUGGUUAUGACGGCAAUAGACAGAUACCAAGUUAUUUGCAAACCAUUGUCCAACUGUGGGUGGGCUCCCAGUCGCUCCAAACUAAUGAUCAAAAUUGCAUGGAUUGUCGCACUUUUGUGUUGUUUGCCUCAGAUUUUCAUAUUUUCCUAUCAAGAAGUACCGGGAAAUACAGGUGUCUAUGACUGUUGGGGUACAUUUCCUAAGCCAUGGGGCGAACGAAUAUACGUGACCUGGUACGCGGUCAGUGUAUUCAUCAUACCGUUCCUCAUCUUAACGGUCACUCAUUACCACAUAUGCCGUGAAAUUUGGCUCAAUUUACACAAAAAGCGAAAGAGUUUAAAAUUAAACACAAAGAGAUACCAAAUGAAUGCAACGAAACACACAAACGACUCGCAAAUGGAUUCAGUGACUGACUCGCAGACUAAUAGCCGACAAACAAUUAGCGCCAAAAUCUUAGUUACCGUCGGAAAGUCCUAUCGAUUCAAAGGCAGAGCAAAACUAGAGGUCAGUCUGGAUAAGGAUUUUGGAGAGGAUUUCAGUCCACGAACGCAUUCAAUACACGGCUUAAGUCGCGCUAAAAUAAAAACCGUUAAAAUAACGGUCGUUGUAAUGCUGUGUUAUAUCAUGUGUUCAACGCCUUUCAUUUGCGUCCAAUUAUGGGCUUAUUGGGUGCCAUCCGCCCAGGAAUCGGACAUUUGGAAUGUUAAGUGGAUUACAAUUACUUACUAUAGUAUACUAUACUUAUUAUACAACAUUCAUACAAGUCACUUUUAA